CUUUCUGCCCCAGGAGGACUUCAUAAGCCACUGAAAGAAAAACCUGUCUUAGCACUUACAGCAACAAUUUUACUAUCUUCCAAAGUUCCCAACCAUCAAAUAUGGAAUUCACCAAUUUUCUAACUUCAUGUCUACUUUAACAUACUCACUCCCAAAGUCAACAAGUCAACUAUUACUCUUCACCCUGAAAAACAGAAGCUUCUUGCUUGGUUUUGUUUCUUUUGAAGGUAUCAUAUCAUGUUCUUACUCUUCUCUCACUACUACUCUUCCAUGAUGCACCAUGGAACUGAUUUUCUCCUCCGACCCAUUUUCACACGAGGGGUAUCUGCUUGACUCCACCUAGUCUUGUUACUUGUGCUUGUUGUGUAUUGGGUAUGGAAGAAAGUGCAAGUGGACCAUAGUGAAAAGAGUGAGAGAAAUCGAUUCCAUACUGGUUUCUUGUAUUACAAACACAGUCUGGUUUGUACUUAGUUAUUUCUGUGUUCUACCUUGUGUUGUGCUUACUAAGCUACUUAUACAUUUAUAAACAUGAUGAUGUUUCAGAGGAGCUUGCCACUGUUUCUGAUUUGGCUCUCAAAACAGCUGUUUAGGGUGCUGUUUGUGCUUUUUUAAAUUCUAGAAACUCCGAGGCACAGGAUCCGAGUUUCCCACGUUUGUUGAGAAUUUGGUGGUGGGUCUAUGCCUUUGUUUCUUGUUCUUGCCUUGUUAUAGACUUCGUAGCCUAUGGAAAGCAUGUUUUCUUGCCAGUUAUGUAUGUUAUUUCUGAUAUAGGUUCCUCUAUAACUGGUUUAUUUCUAUGUUAUGUGGGAUGUUGUCUUAACAAUAUGCGUAAGCUUGCGCCUCUCGAAGAGGCCCUUUUGAAUGGGCACUCUAGUGUAUGCAACAAUUCUGAUUCCCGUGAGACUAGAGUAAAUAAAAAUUUAACCCGUUAUUCAAAUGCUGGAUUUUUCAGCAUUCUCACUUUCUCAUGGAUCAGUCCAUUGAUAACUCUGGGCAAUGAGAAGACUUUAGACCAUGAGGACCUCCCACUUCUUGCUACUGAUGACAGUGCCUAUGGGGUUUUUCCAACUUUUAGAAAUAAACUUGAGUCAGAGUGUGGUAGUCUUAGGAAUGUCACCACUCUUAAGCUGGCGAAGGUGUUAUUCUUGUCCACAUGGCAAGGAAUCCUUUUAUCAGGUUUAUUUGCAUUCCUAUACACAUGUGCUUCUUAUGUUGGACCCUUUCUUAUUGACAUUUUUGUUCAAUACCUCAAUGGGGAACACAAGUUUAAAAAUGAAGGCUAUGUUUUGGCUAUGGCAUUUGUUGCUGCAAAGCUUGUGGAGUGUCUUUCACAGAGGCACUGGAUGUUUAGGUUCCAGCAGGUUGGGGUUAGGAUGCAAUCAAAGUUGGUUGCAAUGAUCUAUGCUAAAGGUUUGACUCUUUCAUGUCAGUCAAAAGAGGUUCACAGCACUGGGGAAAUCAUCAACUUAAUGUCUGUUGAUGCAGAAAGGAUUGGUGAAUUUUGUUGGUACAUGCAUGAUCCAUGGAUGUGUGUUUUGCAAGUUGCUUUGGCCUUGUUAAUUCUGUAUAGAAGUGUAGGGGUUGGUUCGAUAGCUGCUCUUGCUGCCACUGUAAUUGUGAUGUUGCUAAACCUUCCUGUGGCAUCAUUGCAAGAAAAAUUCCAAGGCAAGAUAAUGGGGUUCAAAGAUAAAAGAAUGAAGGCAACGUCUGAGAUUCUGAACAGUAUGAGAAUUCUAAAACUGCAAGCAUGGGAGAUGAAGUUCCUAUCAAAGAUUAUUCAGCUUAGGAAGACUGAGGAGACAUGGCUAAAGAAAUUUCUAGUUGGUACAGCAAUUGUUAGAUUUCUCUUCUAUAACGCCCCAACCUUCAUUGCUGUGGUUACAUUUGGUGCAUGUGCUCUUAUCGGAAUCCCACUUGAAUCAGGAAAGAUCUUAUCACCACUUGCAACAUUCAGAAUUCUUCAAAUGCCCAUAUACAGUCUUCCUGACACCAUUUCAAUGAUUGCACAAACUAAGGUUUCCCUUGAAAGGAUUGCAUCAUUUCUUCGUCUAGAUGAGUGGAAGACUGAUGUAGUAGAGAAGCUUCCACGGGAUAGUUCUGAUAAGGCAAUUGAAUUAGUAGAUGGAAAUUUCUCUUGGGAUUUAUCUUCCCCUAAUCCAACAUUGAAAAACGUAAAUCUCACAGUUUUUCAUGGUAUGAGGGUUGCUGUAUGUGGUAAUGUUGGAUCAGGCAAGUCCAGUUUACUUUCUUGUAUAGUAGGGGAAGUACCAAAGAUAUCUGGGACCCUGAAGAUAUGUGGUACAAAGGCUUAUGUUUCUCAAUCACCAUGGAUACAGAGUGGCAAGAUAGAAGACAACAUAUUAUUUGGUAAAGAGAUGGAUAGGGAAAAGUAUGAUAAGGUGCUAGAAGCAUGUUCCUUGACAAAAGACCUUGAGGUUCUACCAUUUGGUGAUCAGACCACUAUCGGAGAGAAGGGAAUCAAUUUGAGUGGUGGACAGAAGCAAAGAGUGCAAAUAGCCCGUGCUCUAUACCAAGAUUCUGAUGUAUAUCUGUUUGAUGAUCCCUUCAGUGCAUUGGAUGCUCAUACAGGAUCCCAUCUCUUUAAGGAGUGCUUGCUUGGCCUUUUAAAAUCAAAAACUGUGAUUUAUAUAACUCAUCAAGUAGAGUUCUUAUCCGAUGCUGAUCUAAUAUUGGUCAUGAGAGAAGGAAGAAUAACUCAAUCAGGAAAAUACAAUGACAUUCUCAGGUCAGGCACUGAUUUUAUGGAACUUGUAGGUGCACACAAAGCAGCUUUGUCUUCAAUCAAGUCCUUGGAGAGAAGGCCAACAUUUAAAACAUCAACUACCACCAACGAGGACACAAGUUCAGUAAGUUAUUUUGAACUUGACAAAAAUGUGGUAUAUGAUCAAAAUGAUAUGUCAGAUGACAUAGUUGAACCCAAAGGACAACUAGUUCAAGAAGAAGAACGGGAAAAGGGUAGAGUAGGGUUUAAUGUCUACUGGAAAUACAUCACAACAGCUUAUGGAGGAGCUCUUGUACCCUUCAAAUUACUUUCAACGAUACUCACUGUGGCUUUUCAGAUUGCUAGCAAUUAUUGGAUGAUUUUGGCUACUCCUAUGUCUGCAACUGCAGAACCUGAUAUUGGAAGCUUUAAACUUAUGGUUUUCUAUGUUGCUUUGGCAAUUGGAAGUUCCAUUUUCACCUUUGCCAGAGCAUUUCUUGCUGUGAUAGCUGGAUACAAGACAGCCACUGUGAUCUUCAAUAAAAUGCAUUUGUGCAUUUUUCGAGCACCAAUAUCAUAUUUUGAUGCCACCCCGAGUGGGCGAAUCCUUAAUAGACGAUACUAUUCUGCAUCAGCAAGGGAGUUGGCACGAUUAGUAGGUACAUGCCAAGCUCCAGUAAUACAACAUUUUUCUGAAACAAUCUCUGGAUCAACAACCAUAAGAAGCUUUGAGAAAGAAUCAAGAUUUAAUGACAUAAAUAUGAAAUUGAUAGACAGAUAUUCCCAGCCCAAAUUAUACAGUGCUACUGCAAUUGAAUGGCUGAAUUUCAGAUUGGAUAUUUUAUCCUCUCUCACAUUUGCCUCCUGUUUGGUUUUCUUGAUAUCUUUUCCAAAUUCAAUGACUGAUCCUGGUAUCGCGGGAUUGGCUGUGACAUAUGGACUUAAUCUAAACACCCUACAAUUUAAUAUAAUAUGGUCCCUUUGCAAUUUGGAGAACAAAAUUAUAUCUGUUGAAAGAAUAUUCCAAUACACAUCCCUUCCAAGUGAAGCUCCUCUUGUGAUACAUGAUAACCAGCCAAAUUAUUCUUGGCCAUCAUUUGGAGAGGUUCAUAUCCGGGAUUUACAGGUUCGAUAUGCUCCUCACUUGCCUCUUGUUUUACGAGGUCUUACUUGCACUUUUACUGCUGGAGCAAAAACUGGUAUUGUGGGAAGAACAGGAAGUGGAAAAUCAGCCCUAGUGCAAACACUUUUCCGACUUAUUGAACCUAUUACUGGACAAAUAUUGAUAGAUAGAAUUAACAUUUCUUUGAUUGGAAUUCAUGAUUUGCGGUCCAGACUAAGCAUCAUUCCUCAAGAUCCAACAAUGUUUGAAGGGACUGUAAGAACCAACCUGGACCCACUGGAAGAGUACACAGAUGAACAAAUUUGGGAGGCUCUAGAUAUGUGCCAACUUGGAGAUGAAGUAAGAAAAAAAGAAGGGAAGCUUGACUCCAUAGUUACUGAGAAUGGAGAAAACUGGAGUAUGGGUCAAAGGCAAUUGUUCUGCCUUGGUCGUGUUCUACUUAAGAAAAGCAAGAUCUUGGUGCUUGAUGAAGCUACUGCAUCAGUUGAUACGGCCACAGAUAAUACUAUUCAGCAAACAGUUAAGAAAUUUUUUUCAGAAUGCACAGUUAUUACCAUUGCUCAUAGGAUAACUUCAAUCCUUGACAGUGACAUGGUUCUGUUUUUAAAUCAAGGUUUGAUUGAGGAAUACGAUUCACCAAAGAAACUGCUUAAGAACAAGUCUUCAUCUCUAGCUCAACUAGUUGCAGAAUACACAAGGCGGUCAAACUCUGGUUUUGGAAAUUAAAUUGAAACUUAAUUGAGAUUAGCCUCUAACCAGAUAUUUUCUCAGUGAUAAUAUGCCUAGUCACCAUUACACUUCAUGUAGUGACAGUAGGGUCCUGCCUUACCCGACUUUGACAGAACUUUUUUGAUUUACAGCAUUCCCAAUCUCCUUUUAAUCAUGUCUCUUUUCCUGGGUGCUUUUGAACUCAUUUGUCAACCUGCAAAUCCAAAUUUCUAAAUUCCUGGAAUAAACAUUUUAGAUACUUGUGUUCC